CCUUUUGUUUUCCGGGUGCGCGUCGACCAAUCUGUGGCAGCAACCGUCCGCAUCUUACAUCUCCAUAAACCACAUAUCCUCAUAUCCUCGAUCUGAGAAGCUGUCAGAAUGACUGACUCAAAGUACUUUACCACGAACAAAAAAGGUGAGAUCUUUGAGCUGAAGGCUGAACUGAACAAUGAGAAGAAGGAGAAGAGGAAAGAAGCGGUGAAAAAAGUAAUCGCAGCUAUGACAGUGGGCAAGGAUGUCAGUUCUUUAUUUCCAGAUGUGGUGAACUGCAUGCAGACUGAUAACCUGGAGCUGAAAAAGCUGGUUUACUUAUACCUUAUGAACUACGCCAAGAGCCAACCUGACAUGGCCAUCAUGGCUGUUAACAGCUUUGUCAAGGACUGUGAGGAUCCAAACCCACUGAUCCGGGCUCUGGCUGUGCGCACUAUGGGGUGCAUCCGUGUGGAUAAGAUCACCGAGUACUUGUGUGAGCCUCUGCGGAAAUGUCUGAAGGAUGAAGACCCCUAUGUGAGGAAGACCGCAGCGGUGUGUGUCGCCAAGCUGCAUGACAUCAACGCCCAGAUGGUGGAGGACCAGGGCUUCCUGGAUUCUCUCAGGGACCUGAUCGCUGACUCCAAUCCCAUGGUUGUGGCUAAUGCAGUUGCUGCUCUUUCUGAGAUCAGCGAAUCUCACCCCAACAGCAACCUUCUGGAUCUGAAUCCUCAGAACAUCAACAAGCUCCUGACGGCCCUCAACGAGUGCACUGAGUGGGGCCAGAUCUUCAUCCUGGACUGCCUGUCCAAUUACAACCCCAAAGAUGAGCGUGAAGCCCAGAGUAUCUGUGAGCGUGUGACCCCACGUCUGUCUCAUGCUAACUCUGCCGUGGUGCUGUCGGCGGUGAAGGUACUAAUGAAGUUUCUGGAGCUCCUGCCUAAAGACUCGGACUACUACAACACCCUGUUGAAGAAGCUCUCCCCUCCCCUCGUCACACUGCUGUCUGGGGAGCCAGAGGUGCAGUAUGUGGCCCUCAGAAACAUCAACCUCAUUGUGCAGAAACGGCCUGAAAUUUUGAAGCAGGAGAUCAAAGUGUUCUUUGUCAAGUAUAAUGACCCCAUCUAUGUCAAGCUGGAGAAACUGGACAUCAUGAUUCGCCUGGCUUCUCAUGCCAACAUUGCCCAGGUGCUGGCUGAACUGAAAGAAUACGCCACUGAGGUGGAUGUAGACUUUGUUCGGAAAGCAGUUCGUGCCAUUGGCCGUUGUGCCAUCAAAGUGGAGCAAUCAGCUGAGCGUUGUGUUAGCACCCUGCUAGACCUCAUCCAGACCAAAGUCAAUUACGUGGUACAAGAGGCUAUUGUGGUCAUCAGGGACAUCUUUCGCAAAUACCCCAACAAGUAUGAGAGCAUAAUUGCCACUCUGUGUGAAAACCUGGACUCUCUGGAUGAACCUGAUGCUCGUGCUGCCAUGAUCUGGAUUGUGGGUGAAUAUGCUGAGCGGAUUGACAACGCUGAUGAGCUCCUGGAGAGUUUCCUUGAAGGCUUCCAUGACGAAAGCACUCAGGUCCAGCUGACUCUCCUGACAGCCAUAGUGAAGCUGUUCCUGAAGAAGCCCUCAGAGACUCAGGAGUUGGUUCAGCAGGUGCUCAGUUUGGCUACUCAGGACUCUGAUAACCCUGACCUGCGUGAUCGUGGCUACAUCUAUUGGCGUCUGCUUUCCACCGACCCUGUGACCGCUAAAGAGGUGGUGCUGUCUGAGAAGCCUCUGAUCUCUGAGGAAACAGACCUGAUUGAACCCACCCUGCUGGACGAGCUUAUCUGCCACAUCGGCUCACUGGCCUCCGUGUACCACAAACCCCCCACUGCCUUUGUGGAGGGAAGCCACGGCAUUCACCGCAAACACCUGCCCAUCCAGCAUGGCAGUAUUGACACUGGAGAGAGUCCUGUCAGUGCCGGCCCGACUGCUUCCAUCGAUCAACCCCAAGUCAUCCCAUCUCAAGGUGAUCUCCUGGGAGACCUGCUUAAUCUGGACCUUGGUCCUCCUGUCAACGUUCCUCAGGUGUCCUCCAUGCAGAUGGGCGCUGUGGAUCUCCUUGGAGGUGGUCUUGACAGUCUGCUCGGGGGAGAUCUGGGAGGAGGUGUUGGUGGCAGUCCUGCAGUUGGCCAGAACUUCAUCCCAUCCUCAGUGCCCAACACGUUUGCACCAUCUCCUACACCUGCUGCUCUCAGCAGUGGACUUAAUGACCUGUUUGAAUUGUCUUCAGGAAUGUCCAUUGCUACAGGAGGUUAUGUGGCACAGAAAUCUGUUUGGUUGCCAGCAGUUAAGGCCAAAGGGCUGGAGAUAUCUGGAACCUUCUCUCGGCGUCAAGGCCACAUGUACAUGGACAUGACCUUCACCAACAAAGCCCUGCAGCACAUGACUGACUUUGCCAUUCAGUUCAAUAAGAACAGUUUUGGAAUGAUUCCCACCACACCUCUCCCCAUUCACACUCCACUAAUGCCCAGCCAGAGCAUCGACAUCUCUCUCCCUCUCAACACCAUCGGGCCUGUGAUGAAAAUGGACCCACUCAACAACCUACAGGUGGCCGUGAAAAACAGUAUUGAUGUGUUCUACUAUAGCACGCUGAUUCCUCUCAACAUCUUCUUUGUGGAAGAUGGCAAAAUGGAGCGUCAAGUGUUUUUGGCCACAUGGAAGGACAUUCCAAAUGAGAACGAACUGCAAUACCAGAUCAAAGAAUGCCACUUAAAUGCAGAUACGGUGUCAGGCAAACUGCAGAACAACAACAUCUACACCAUCGCCAAGAGGAACGUGGAAGGCCAGGACAUGCUUUACCAGUCGCUUAAACUCACCAACGGGAUCUGGAUACUGGCUGAACUCCGCAUUCAACCUGGCAAUCCCAAUUACACGCUCUCUCUGAAAUGCAGGGCUCCAGAGGUGUCUCAGUAUGUGUUCCAGAUGUACGAUGCCAUUCUGAAGAACUGAAGGUCUCAGUCCUCCUUUACGCCCUAUCCCCCUGCCAGCUACCACCAUUUCCAUCGCCCAGGAUCCAGUUUUACAGCUUUCUAUGAUUUUUUUGCCAUUGUUUUCAGUCCAUCCUUAGGUACCAGUUUACUUCACUGUGCCCAGGAUGUGAGAAUCAACUAAAUGUUCUGUUCUUGCCAAAUAUCUUGAUGUUGAAAAAGUGUAGAAGGGAAUUUUGGUGCACAGUGUCCAUGCGAUUUAUAUAUUUUUCAUUUUAAUUAUACGAAUGCAUUGUCAGUGCUUUACCUGUGCUUACACAUGCCCUGUAUUUGCCAUUUCAGAUUUAAAAAAAGUUGUACGAUUUGAGUAUGUAAACAGCAUUGAGCUGACAUGUCUUCAGGCUGGAUGAGAAUGUAGCAAAGCAGGUGUCUGACUUUAAGGCACUUCCAGAAAUGUGAUGUGGAUGUACUUUGGAUGUUACCACUUGAAUA